AUGGCCACAAAUAGAUUCGGACUUCAAAGGGUCCGACUUGACUUGGAUAUCGCUCGGCCCGAUCUUUAUGGCCCCAACGUCGUCGUCCCUAAUCACUUAGUGGCUCCUACUUCUGAACAUAUCUUCAAAAAUAUGGCAAAGCACGAAGUCUCAUCUGAGGAUACUUCUCCAAUCAACACGCCGAUGCCAAACCCCCCCAUGGUCACUAGUGAUGAUUUUGCGCUCGCCUUCGACAUCGAUGGCGUUCUCAUCAAGGGUGGCGAGCCCAUUCCCUCGGCCGUUGAUGCUAUGAAGUAUAUCAACGGUGAAAACCCCUACGGAGUCAAAGUUCCGUAUAUUUUCUUGACCAACGGUGGCGGCAAGACAGAGAAAGAGCGAUGUCUCGAUCUCAGCAGGCAACUCGACUUAGAGGUAAACCCUGGCCAGUUCAUCUGUGGCCAUACGCCGAUGCGCGAAAUGGCAGCGCGAUACCACACCGUCCUGGUGGUUGGAGGCGAGGGUGAGAAAUGCCGGGUCGUAGCUGAAGGAUACGGAUUCAAGGAUGUUAUCACACCCGGAGAUAUCAUCAAGACGAGACACGAUACUACGCCGUUCCGAAAGUUGACGGAUAAGGAGCACGAAAAUUCUCGACUACUCGACCUGGACAAAGUCCGCAUCGAAGCGAUCUUCGUCUUUGCAGAUAGUCGCGACUGGGCCGGUGACCAACAAAUCAUUUUAGACUGCCUCAUGACUAAAGACGGCUGGUUGAAUACGCGGUCGGAGACCUUUACCGAAGGUCCACCGGUCUACUUCUCACAUACCGAUGUGGUUUGGUCAACAUCGCAUGAACAUUCACGCCUUGGAAUGGGAGCGCUGCGCGCUUCCCUCGAGGCCGUUUACGCGGCUCUCACAGGCAAAGACUUGAACACAAUUGCCUUCGGCAAGCCGCAGAUCGGAACCUAUGAAUUUGCCACUCGGCUUUUGCAAAAGUGGCGCAAGGAUUCGUGCGGCAUCGAUAGGCCUCCAUCUACCGUGUACUUCAUCGGCGAUACCCCGGAGUCCGAUAUCCGCGGUACAAACGAGUUCAACGAGACCACCAAAAAUGAUUGGUUCUCUAUCUUGGUCAAGACUGGAGUCUACCAGGAUGGUACUGUCCCACGCUUUCCACCCAGGAAGACGUGCGAUAAUGUUUUUGAUGCCGUCAAAUUUGCUAUCGAGCGCGAGCACCGAAAGACUUCCAAGGACAUAACUGUUUCCGAGCUUGAAAAUGACGCCAGCCAAGAAGUUGCCAAAUAA